AUGGAAGAUGUUUAUGACUAUAUCGAACAAUGUCCAACGAUAUAUAUAAUGGAACUUCCAAUAUUAAUAAAUGGUCUGUCUGAAAAUGACACAAAUCAUUUGUCUAUUCAGAUAUACGAAGACCUUUAUUGUAAAUUUUUGCAAUAUAAAAAUACUUUAAUUGAAACUUUAAAAGAUUGCAUUAUUGAGUUGCAACCAGAUUUUAAAAACACAGAAUUUAAUGAUUGGAACCAUAUUCAGAAAUAUUUGUUUUAUGAAAUUGCAGAUAAUCUAUCUAAUUUUGUUAAACCAAAGACAGAGAUGUUAGUUAUUCCAAUGUCAUUCCCAAAACUUUAUUCGGAGUUAUCUGAUUCAUAUGGGUUUAUUGGAUUCAAAUUUAAAUUAAAGUUCUCAAGAUUCAAGUUAAUCACUGAUAAUGGAAAACCUUUAGAAUUCAUUGAUAAGUCAGAUCUUCUAUUAACCCAAUGUGACACUAAAUUAUCUACCAUAUGGAGAGAGCCCUUUGAAAAAGAAUUCAUAGGCACUCUUUCGAGAACUCCAAAGAAGGAAAAUGAUAAUUCAAGUAUGUUUGUUCUAAAUAACUCACCAGUUCCUAAAAAUCCAAAGUUUCUAGAUAUUUUUAGAGAGAAUUCUAUUAAUACAAAUGAAUCAAUAGCUGUACCAGCUGUCACUAAGAAUCCUGACGUCUUUCAAAAAAAUAAGAAGAACAAGAAUAUGAAUAAAAGCAAUUUAAUAUCGAGAGAAUCAAACAUUGAUACUUUUCCACACCUAGGAGAGACUGUCAAAUUUACGUCUUCAUCUGGUAUCAGCACAAUUAGAACUCACAAUGAUAUUUUCUCUGCUAUUCAUUCGGGAAAUAUGUUACCUUCUGCUUUGACUCAACCUACUGCGACAACACCAAUAUUUGAGAAACCUAACCCUCCUAUAUUUAAAAUUACAGAGACUCCUGACAAUUCUGGGCUUAAUAAAGUGCAAAGUUUACCACCUCCUACUCUGUUAUAUUUCAAUCCAACUUCAGAAGAUGAGCUCAAUCUAUCAAAUAAAGACAAAUUUAAAAAUGGGCUUAAAAAAUUUACCGGUACUAUUCUGCUAAAAUGUAUUAAGGAUUCUAGAAGUAAGAGGUCUCAAAAUUUAAUAACCGGGUUAGAAACGAUCAAGACUAUUGAUUUGAUGGAACAAGCACCCGAAAUCGAUAUCUCUUUGAAAACAUAUAUUAAAAGUAAACUGUUGAAGUUCAAAAGGGACUAUCGAUAUAUGAAAGACGUUGCCAAAUACUGCAUUGAAGAAUAUCACGAAACUAGAUAG